CUUUGUUCGGGAUGCUGCAUUUGGAGCAAGCUCUACGUUGCAUUGGUUAAGGCGAUUGCAGCUUACCGUGAGCUAGAAUGGCGACUACCGAUCCUCCGCUGUCCUUUUUGGACCCUGGAGACACAGCGCAAGCUCAAUCUAUCGCUAUACUGCACCUGAAGCGGGACCUUCUCAUGCCCACUCGCCUGCAGGAACAGGACGAGUUGAACGAGGGAUAUGACGAGGGCAAAGUGACAAAUACGCGCUUUGGUUCUUUCCCACAUAGCACAUUGAUUGGGCAGUCAUGGGGAAGCCAAAUUCGGGCAUCAGCAGUUGAUACUGGCUCACGUGGUAGACGGCCGAAAAACGACAAGAAGCGGAAGCGGGACGAGGAUGAGAAUACAGAUUCGAAUGCGCCGACGCCGAAAACCGCAGUGGCUGCGUCUACAGGGUUCGUUCAUUUGCUGCCACCAACGCCGGAGACAUGGACCUCGUCUUUACCGCAUCGCACACAGGUUGUCUAUACGCCUGAUUAUAGUUAUAUCCUUCACCGGCUGCGUGUAAGGCCCGGGACGGUUUUGAUUGAAGCAGGCGCUGGAAGUGGGUCUUUCACACACGCUUCGGCAAGGGCGGUAUAUGAUGGUCUUCCGGGAGACGAGGUCAAGGCGGAGGGGGCAUCGAGCAAGAAGAAGCAGAAAAAGGGCAAGAUAUAUAGCUACGAGUUCCACGAGCAGCGCGUUGGAAAGCUAAAAACCGAGCUCUAUGAGCAUGGAUUGGAUGGACUGGUGGAGAUUACACAUCGAGAUGUGUGUAACGAAGGAUUUAUGGUCCGGAAGACUGAAUCAUCCGAUUUGAAUGCGAAAAAGAAUGACGAGCCAAAGGCUGAGGCCAUAUUUUUGGAUCUACCGGCACCAUGGCUUGCCCUGCGUCAUCUGACCCGCAACUCCAUGUCGUCAAAAUUUUUGGAUGCAGCCGCUGGCUCGUCAAAUCCUCAAUCACCGGCGCCAGGCGGUGACCUCCCUCCACCUGCCCCUACUUCAGCCCCCGAAGGCGACCUGUCCUUCCACUCACCUCUCAACCCGAAAGCCACUAUUCGCAUCUGCACAUUCUCUCCCUGCAUGGAGCAGGUUCAGCGCACCAUCUCAACGAUGCGGCAGCUAGGUUGGGUCGAAAUCGAGAUGGUAGAGGUUCAACACAAACGACUGGAGGUUCGUCGGGAACGUGUCGGCCUACACGAGGAAGGUCUUCGUGGUGUCACUGCCAUGCCCGCCUCUGUGGAUGAAGCCGUAUCUCGACUACGCGAAGUUGAAGGGCGCUUCCGUUCAUUCCAUGGUAAAAAUACUGGAGCCGAUGGCUCUGAGGACGCGAGCGGCGCCAAUGCCACGGAAUCUAAGGAGGGCACUCCUGCGUCCACGCCUGCCACUUACGUGUCCAAGCAGCAGCGCCAGCAGUCUAUCCGCGACUCGCUCGCAGACCGUAAAGUCUUCAAGGAGGGUCGUCUCGUGCACCGUACCGAGCCUGAAAUUCGCACACACACAUCGUACCUUGUGUUCGCCCUUUUACCGCGUGAAUGGACGGCUGAGGAUGAGGCGCGCUGUCAGAAGAAGUGGCCCAUCAAGGAGCCUAGACAACCAGCAAAGAACAAAGACCAAAAAGCUAGAAGUGGCAAAGAUAUAGAGGUAGAUGCUGGUGGUAGAGACGUGACCCAGGAAACACAAGCGGCAAAUGGUCAACCAAUAAGCAGGCGGCAGAUGAAGAAACUUGAGCGAGCAAAGGCAAAGAACGCAGAAAGAGAAAAGGAAAAGGCCGCCGAAAGCGAGCAGGCAGCGACGGAGCCUACAGUAGAAGAUGCUGGCGCUGCUAAAGCUGAUGCUGCGGGUAAAAAUGUCGAAGAGCCAGAGAGCAUGGUGGAAUAAUUGGGAAGAACGUCAGCCUCACUUGUUUCCAGUAAUACUUUACACUCUUCAACGAUUAGAAGCCAUCUUAUCUCUAUACAAUAUACCAUACUAAUGCAUCAUUUGCCUUGGAUAACCAGAUCCUUAAU